AUGUCCGACGAUAUUAAAGAUACCGAAAAACGUGCCGGAGGUUGGGGUCCAAGACAAGCUCCAAAUACUGAUCCAAAUCGUCAAUGGGCGGCACUUCGUCGUCGUUAUGAAUGGAACGAUUCAUAUGAUGACGGUAUCGCUCCGCCAGAUCAGGAUCUUCAAAAAGAACUUUUUGGUGAAGAAAAUCAUGUGAACACUGGUAUCAACUUUUCCAAAUAUGAUAAUAUAAAAGUGACAGUCAAGGGAGGAGAAAAUAUAAAACCAAUUUCCAGAUUUGAGGAGGCAAAUCUUCACGAAGUUAUGAAAGAAAAUAUCAAACUUGCUACAUAUGAUGUUCCAACUCCUGUUCAGAAAUAUUCAAUUCCAGUUAUUACCGAAAAUUAUGAUCUUAUGGCAUGUGCACAAACUGGAUCCGGAAAAACUGCGGCUUUCCUAAUACCAAUAUUAUCUAGACUUUUUGGUAAGGCAAAAAAACUUGCGGCUCCUAGACCAACUCAAGGUGCACGCAAAUUUAAAGCCGAACCGUUAGUCUUGAUUCUUGCGCCUACACGAGAAUUAGCUACCCAAAUUUUUGACGAGUGUCGUAGAUUCUGUUAUAGAAGUAUGAUGAGACCCUGUGUGGUAUAUGGUGGUGCUGAUGCACUUCCACAAAAAAAUGAGUUGGCUAAAGGUUGUGACAUACUUACAGCUACGCCUGGUCGAUUAAAUGAUUUCUUAGAUCGUGGCAUUGUUAGUCUUCCUGAUCGUAUGUUAGACAUGGGUUUUGAGGUCGAAAUCCGUAAAAUUGUGCAAAAAUCGGAUAUUUUGGAUGAUGGAACAAGACAAACCUUAAUGUUUUCUGCCACCUUUCCGAAAGGAAUUCGUUCUCUUGCUAAAGAUUUUUUAGCAGAUAAUCAUGUUUUUCUCACAGUUGGACGAGUUGGUAGUACUACUAGUGAUAUUACACAGAAGAUUAUGUAUGUUGAGGAUCAAGAGAAACGUACUAAACUUGUGGAGUUACUUCUUAUACAACCUCCGUCUCGAACUCUCAUUUUCGUUGAAACGAAACGUGGUGCAGAUUCUCUUGACGACUUUUUAUUUAACCAAAACUUUCCUACAACUAGUAUUCAUGGUGAUCGUUCUCAACGAGAGAGAGAGGAUGCUUUAAUAGCUUUCAAGAAUGGUCUAUCUCCAAUUUUAAUCGCGACAGCAGUUGCAGCUCGUGGACUUGAUAUAAAAAAUGUUAUGCACGUAAUUAAUUACGAUCUGUGCAAAGAUAUUGAUGAAUAUGUUCACCGGAUUGGAAGAACUGCACGUGUUGGUAAUAAAGGGUUAGCGACAACUUUUUAUAAUGAAAGAAAUGCAGAAAUUGCGCACGAUUUAGUAAAAAUUCUAAUAGAAUGUAAUCAAGAAGUUCCGAACUUUCUGAAAUAUGUUGUAAACACAGAAGAUUUUUCUAAUCCACCAUGGGCAAACGAUUCUCAGUCUCAGCCUCAACAACCUCAACAAUGGGGCGAAAAACCACAGCCAGUAUCUCAGAUGGUUAAUAAUGAUAAUUGGACACAAUUACCUUCAAAUCAACAAAGUCAACAAUCAUAUCAAACACAACAACCUACAAAUAUAUAUUCACAAGGGCUGCCACAACAGGUAUCGCCACCACAAUAUAAUACUCCUCAAUAUAAUACAUCCCAACCCCAAUAUAAUACACCCCAACCUCAAUAUAAUAUACCUCAGCCUCAAUAUAAUUCUUCCCAGUCUCAAUUGAAUACUCCACCAAUUGUUAAUUUACCCAAGACAAACAGUCAAUUCACCCCAGUAACACAUACACCAUCGUCUCAUAACUCACAAUCUCCACCUCAACAGCAACAGCAACAACAAAAGAAUACGCGACCUCCAGCUGGUUCGGAUGGGUGGGGUGCACGAGAAAAUAUGCAAACGCAAGCAAGACCUUGGAACGAAAAUGAGACUCCAUGGAGCUAA